GCCAGGAGCCAGUGGAACGGACACGCAUCGAUCCACCGCUUUGCCGAGCCUAUAAAUACGCGCCUUCGCCUGCAUUUCCCCCCAUCUCACCACAGCAAGUUCUUCCUCUCUCGAGCUAGCUAGCCUUCUUCCUCUGCUGCUCUGCCUUCCAAGCACCAUUUCAGACCCUCGGAGUGAGGUGGGUAGCUGGGCGUGGAGGAUGGAGCGGGCGAACACGGACCUGAUGCUGCAGAACCUGUGCAUCAUGGAGGAGAAUGAGCGGCUCCGGAGGAUGGCGCGAGAGCUGGAUCAGGAGAACAAGAAGAUGCUCGCCGACCUCAGGAUGAAGCAGCAGCAGCAGCAGCAGCAGCAGAUGGCGACCUCCUCCCGGACCGCGGCCCAGAUGGCGCCGGGAGGCGCAUCUUCCGGCGCCACGGCGAGGGCAUCCAAGUCCGGCAAGAAGCAGCCCAAGUGAUCAACGCAUGCAUGCAUGACUAUGAUCGUGGAGGGAGAGGCCGCUGUUGUCUUGUGAUCUUGUCUUUUGUGAUUAGUACCUUUAUAUUACUACUACUGGCUGGGUAGAUAGGCGGUUAAGUGGAGCUGGCAUGCUUGCAGAAGCAGGUGUAGUUGGUUUAGUUCGACUUUUGGUUAUUAUGCUAGGAAGUGGUGGCAGUAUUUUGUUGGCUAUGUUUGAUAUGUCGUGCCAUUUCUUGUUGCAAUGUGAUGGCCUGAUGGGUACCAGACUACCAUUAACAUGAAAUUAUGUUGCCUCA